UGUUCUCAUCUUAGAUGAGACGAUUUAUUACAGUCGGCCAGUGAAGCACGUCCUCAUAGUUUUACAAGCUGUAUCGUCAGCAUUAAUGAAUCAGGUGGAAGAGGAACUGCAUUUUCGUUUGUAUGGGAGGCGAACCAGGCCUUCGGCGUAGAUUUCGAACCUUUCAUCUGCCCUGGUUUGGUGGCAGGAGUGUGUUCGAGUCCGAAUGUGGGCACAGGUGCAGCUUUGGCACACGAGCUGCUGUGGACAGGCUGCGAGACGGCGGGGCUGAUGGCCGGCCUGGACCGGAGCCUGACCGCCGUGGACUGGCUGCCGCGGUUGAGUGCGGCUGCUGCUGCGGGCACUGGCCCCACCACACCGCCUCCCGUGGGGGGCGGCAGCACAGAGGCCGAUGGGGCUGCCGAAGAUGGGGUGGAGGGGACGGUGUGCACGCCUCCCGGCAUCACAAGAGCUAAGGAUGGCAAGCCACCACUCAGCUAUGCGAAGUUGAUUCACCUUGCAAUCAGCAAUGCUCCCAAAGGGAAAAUGACUCUUUCCGAGAUUUAUCAGUUCAUCAUACAGCAGUUUCCAUACUAUAGAGAUGCAGGUACAGGGUGGAAGAAUUCAAUACGUCACAACCUGUCACUGAACAAAUGUUUCACAAAAGUAGCUCGCUCAAAGGACGAUCCGGGGAAAGGUAGCUACUGGCGUAUUGAUUAUUCUUCUAGCCGAGAGGAAUCUUUCACCAAGAAGAAGAAAAGCACUCAGGCAGUUAAGUGUUCCUGUGUACAUACAUUACAGGCAGCAGUGCCGUAUAGCCCAGAGUGUGGCAGCAAUGGGAGUGGGGGCAGUGACCUGAGCAACUGCGUGUACACAGCUGGCCCUGUCGGCCCAACCGUGUCGUCCACGCCAUCCCUACCCGGUUGGCAGGUAUCAGAUGCCACUGCCAUUCACAGCUACUCUGCAGACCUCUCUGGCAGCAGCAACUCGGCAUUUGCAGAGGGUGAGAGUGCCCUGGAGCUGGCAGAUGCAGCAGAGUUGUCGGCCGUGCUGACAGGGCUGCUCUCGGAGUACCAGUACCUGGACGAGUCUUGCUCUUAUCCUGCAGCGCCAUCGGCACCGCCCUCUGCCUCCAGUGACUUGUAUGUGCGUUAUGGUGCGACUCCCACUACGCUUGAGGCCACUGGCUGCUAUACUGGCACCCAGGUAACUGCAGGCCUCGACUAUGAUUACGUGCAACAGCAACAGCAGCAGCAGCAGCAGCAGCAGCAGCACCAACAACAGCAACAACAACAACAACAACAACAACAACAGCAGCAGCAGCAGCAGCAACACCAUCAACAGCAGCAACAAGAGAGUCAACAACAGCAUCUGGAUCAUCAGCAGGGUGCAGAGGCAGAUCAGCUCAUGUUCAGGUGCCAGUAUUCACAGCAACAGGACUCGGACUCAGAUGUGGGGGACACUUUUGAUUGGGACCGUUUGCUUUAGUGGGGGCUAACAGUUAUCAGCUCGCGGGGAGGAGGAGGAGACCGGUAUCUUUGGUGGGGCUCUGUGGAGCCUCUCCGUAACUGUAUCGUCAGUCGAGACUGUGGUCUUAGUGUGCGAGCAAAAAUAAUUAUGUAAAACCACUUAUAAUUUGUGCCAUUUUUCUCCUCUCUUAUAUUGUUCUGUGGCACUCUGACCGCAGUUCAUUUCCUCUUAUGUGCCUCUGUGAUUGUUAGAACUGUUAUGAGAGAAAAAUAAUUAUAUGCCUGAUUAUUAUCAUCAGUACAAUAUUUGGUACGUUUCAGCUUUAUGCCUUGGUAUUUCUUUGUUUUCUGGAACUGGGGAGCAUAUCUUGUUCUUCCUUUGUCACAGUACACAUUUUUUAUAAAAAUAAACAAAUACAAAAUAAGAAACUAAAAGAAAUUUUAUGGUUGCUCAGUAUAUUACUGCUGUAACAAUAACUGCCUAGGCGAUCCGCUCCAGUGUUGUGUGCCAUUAUAGACAUUACAGCUGUAGGAGUACUUUGAGAAACAAAGACCUAUGUCGAGGAACUGUAUAGCUAUUUUUAAUUUCUUUAUUUUUCAAUGAAAAGUGCUUAUCUAAUGUAUCAGAAGAUUCUGCAUAAAGUCAAUUUAUGGAUUAUUUGUAGAGGCUAUUGUGGUUGUAAAAAACUAGAUGAGCUAUACAAGUAUAGUUUAGACUUCAAAAUCUCUCUCUCUCUCUUUCUCUUUCUCUUUCUUUCUUCUCUCCUCUCCCUCUGUCUUCCUUCCUUCUCCUCCAUAACCCUACCACCACACAAAGCCCAACACAUACACCUACUGUGACUUAUCACCUAUCUACUCCUUCAUCUUCACACACAUUUGUUUAAAAUGAAAAGUGACCAUAUGAAGUAAUUUAUUAUACAUUUUGUAAUGUAUCAUCACUUGAAUGUGUAUGCACAAGGGAUCAUUUUGCCCCAUAUAAGACAGAUUAACAGUUCCGUUGAUAGCUGAUAGUAAUACAUCAAUUCAUUAGUUGCAGUAGCAAUUUGUGAAAUACUAGCUACUAUUUAAAUUCACAUUUUGUGCUGCUGCAAAAUUUGCUGUGUAUUUGCUUUGGUGACAGACUGAUCUGCUGUGUACAUUUCAGAAUGUGGUGGGCAUCUGCAAAGGACAUAGAAAAUUGAAAAAGUGCUAACUUAACAACAGUAUAAUAAACUUUGAUAUGCAGUUUAUGAAAAUCAUACAUGUAACUAAAUUAGUAUGUCUUCUGUUUACUCAGUUUGCUUGCAUCAGGUGAGGUGCCCAGGCCAGUGGUAAGAGGCUGGACUCGUAUUUGGAAGUGCAGCAAUUUGAAUCCCUGCCUGGCCAUCCAGUUUAGGUUUUCUGUGGUUCCCUAACCUGCUUAAAAUGAAUGCUGGUAUGGUUGCUUUGAUAGGGCACAACCAAUUUCCUUCCCUAUCCUUUCUCAAUCUGGGCUCUUUUUAAUGACCUUGUGACUGAUAAGAUGUUAAACCCACGCCUUUCCUCUUUCCUUCGUUCUUUCAGUUCUCUAGACCACCUGUGUUCCUUGAAGAAUUUGUUGACUCACAGAUACCAGUCUUGAGAUACUCAAAUGUCAUCCUCAUACAGCUUUUGGAGGCCACCAAUAAUAUAACUCAAGCCAAGUGACACUCACAACAAUGUGAAAGUCGCCAACCAACUAACAGAGAGGUGCCCAAGGAUGGGUUUUAUGUAUACUGAAUUGACUGCAUGUGAGUCUGAAAAUUUUCAAAGAAUGCAGCUGUAUGGACAAAUUAAUUAAAUAAACAGAAGUUAAGUGUAAAAACUGAAUUGCUGUCUUUUUGUUCUUCUAUGAAAUCUACAUCACUAAAUGUGUGUAUAUUUUCAUAAGUUCAUUGUUUAUGCAGCUGCACUUCAUUCCCAGACAUAACAAAUACCAAAUGCUUGCUAGUAAAAAAAAGGAAUUCAAAUUGAAAACAGAAGUCAUUUGUGUUUUUCGCAGGAAUAAUUGCUUGUAACUGCACUAUAAUUUGUUUAUAGUUUGAUCCGUGCUUGUAAUUACUGUGUAGAGUCAUUUUUCAUACAUUAAAUAUCAUUUGGGAGGAGAUGGAAGAGGAGUACUUACCUUUCAGUAUUUUAAGUCUGCUAUAUGCAUACAUUGGUGGACAGAAAGUAAAGGAAGAAUCUCGCAAUUCAUGUAUGUCUGAUCAAACCAAUAAUUUAAUAGUCACUCAUAUUAUAUGAGAACACAAUGAUCUCUUUCCUUUUUUAACCUUUAAGAAUGUUUCAGUAAACUCAGUGAAAGUGUGCUACAAUAGAUUACCAACAAUAGCCAUUAAUAUUUAUAAUUAAGGUUGAUAUCAGAUAAUAUGCAUAAGAUUAAUAUUUUAUUCAUGUUUUAUUACCGUCUUGUAUGUAACUGUAUUUUAUGUUGAUAAGAUAAUGAACAAUGUGGAUGACAGGGAAAAAAUGGUAUGAGGACAACCACUAUUGUAUGUUCAAAAGAUGUGUUGGGUGGAUGACAAGCUCAUAAAUAGACACAACAACUGUUAUUCAGCUUUCAAAUUUCAGUUUCCGUUGCAGAAAGUGUAACUAAUGUGCUUGUAACAAUGUGUACCACCUCUCCUGUACUCCUCGCUUUUUCACAUGUGCACUCGCUCAAAAAUAUACAAACAUCUCUGCUGCUUAUGUGCCUGUCCUCAUACAAUUUUUUAUGUUUUGUAUAUAAUUCUUGUAAUUGUUAAAAUUUGCCUGUGUUCUUACUGUGUAGUUAUUAGUGGCCCACAGAUUUUUGAUUGCAUUAUGAAGCAAGAUCUGUGCUUUUAUAUAUUUGUGCGCAAAGUUUGCAGUUGAAUUUGGAAUAUGUAUUAGAUGUUGAUAUUGAAGACAUUUAAAUCUCCCCUCUAGUACUUUGGAUAUUUUGAGGAUUUUUUAAGUACUUACAUCUUCUGGUCUGCUAACUGUAAACAACAGAAAAUCUGCCCUUGGUUCAUUGCAGUAUGGCCGAACCAAUCACUAAGUUCGUAAGGAGGGAAUAACUGAAUAGCUAACUUCCAGAUGAGAGAACAGUGCUAAAUAGAUUAUUACACAUUUAAGAUCCACUAUUAAUGCAACUGAAUGCCAUGAACAUUUACAAACCAUAACUGUGAUAUUAAUUUGUGACUUUGCUUGUAUCUUGCCACCCAUUACAAUAAGUGCAAUGUAGUUUUUAAUUGAAAUGUACUGAAGACUGCCUAGAAUGUUAUUGUAUGUUCCUUUUUUGCAGCUUUUGUAAUGAGCACUAGUGAUGGCGGGUAUACUGUUACAAAAACUUCAAUAUUUGCAUCAGCUAAAACUUCUAAUUUCAGCUCUUUGUGAGGUUUACAACUAGUGAAAUGUGUUAAGUAUUUUAUAUGUUUGUACCAAGUAUCAUUCAAGUUGAGGUUGAUUGUUCACAACAUGUAAAUGUAUUGUUUUAAGCGUUUACUGCUGCUUCAUAAUUUCUAUUUUUCUGGAAGAUUGCCCUAUCAAACUUCAGAAGGUGUUAAAUCUACGUUUUGCUUACUACUUUCUAACAGCAACAUCAUAUUUAGGUGGAUCUGUAUGGUGACUUUCUGGUUUUGCCUCUCUUCAGCCUUUUGUAGUUAUGAUAUGGGAAGUAACUUGUCUCUUUCAUGCACUUUGCAAGUAUCAUCUUGUUGUACAACUAAACAGACAGUUUACUUCUCUACAUGAAAUUUUAAAAUCAACUGUGGUGAGAGAGCGUUUAUCCGUUAUUAGUGAUAUUGGUAUAUUUUAAAACUGAUAUUCUCUUGUUUUAUGUUCUGACUUCAUUUUAUUGCUGGUGACAAGCACUGUAUGCAGCAGUUGGUGCCAUUUAACCCCAGUCCUCUUAUGUCACUUGUCAGUUGUGGUAACAUCUGACAGCUGUGCCAAAUUAUGCAUGGGAUUAUGAGGUUGGCAUUUGACUAGUAGUUCUUGAUGUGAAUUUGAGAGAGAACUUUUUUAAUUUUUUUUAUGAAAAUGGUGAGGGUACUGUCAUUUGAGCUCCACUGUAAAUUGAACUCCCUUAUAAAUGGCAAGAUGGAUUGUUUUUCCAAUAGAAAGAUGGCAAGGACAUACCACCCCCAAUAGGACCUUGUCCAGGAAGGCACUGCAGUACUGAAACUAACCCCCAGGUUGGUGACUGCUUUAAUUUUUUCUGGUGUGCACAGUACUCAGUCCUAUAUUUUGUUAUGAAGCAAAAUAAAUUCUUCUGCUACCCCAUACUGGUCCACUUAAACCAAGUGAACACAUGAGUUUUUGUCAUUGUAGUAUCAUGAUUUUAAGGCCAGUACAGUAAGCAAUAGUGCAAACGUUUAAUGUGGUAAACUAAAUUACCAUUCAACUAAAUACCCUCGCAGACACCAUCCCCAUACUCAGGGAAAAUCGCACGCAGUACUGGGCACUGAAUCAGUUUGUACUUAUGUCUUAUAGCGUUGACGAUGGCAGUAUGAUGUAGUAGUUUAUCCCUUUCUUCAGUUUAUUGCUUUUGACGUUAAUAAUGUGAAGUGUAUUAAUUAAUAUCAUUAUUUCCUUGUGUGGUGCAGGUGGAUAAAAUUUAUAAAUUGGAGAAAAUAUUUUGAUUUUAAGUGAGGGGCAUAGUUGAUGUUUCACUCUUAUUUUACCUGCCCCCUCCCCUUCUAUUAAUUAAUAGUAGUGAUGAUGUGUAAGUAAUUGAGUUUGAUUAUCAAGUUUAAAAUCCUAAAUUUUUUUUAUUACGGUCUCUUGUUGCAAUAGUCUUUACGAUGGUAACCUGUUUGAAGUUCUUCAGAUCUGUUAAAUCAAAUAAAUGACAUGCUAAGUUUGGUCUUUCAUAACUAAUUUGAAACACACAAUUGUGUUUUUAAUAGUGUGUGCAGUUCACAUGUGUAAAGUUUUUAAAUAUUGUUUCACAGUUUUGUGAGACAUAAUUUGUUAUCUUGUAGUUACAACACAAAUAUUUAAGGUUCCUGUUACGUUUUAUAUUGAAAUUCUUCUGUUGCAAUAAUUGAGGAUGAAUGCCUUAAUUAUAGAUUGAAAAUUUCUGUAGAAAAAGGUAUCAGUUAUUGGUAAACAAAAGUAGUCUGUGGCAUUCAUUGUUUUGAAAUUUUUUCCUAGAGAGGUGGAAAGUUUAAGAGACUUAGGUAGGCAAAUACAGAUGAACAUUUGCACAGUUUUAUGGAGUUUUGUGACACCAUAAUGUGAAUGUUUUCACUUUGGAAGGGGGUGUGUCCAUAAUAGGAAUGCUAAAUUUCAAGAAAAGGUGCAAGAAUGCUCUUAAGGAUAGGUCAACUGUUGUAGCUCUUGACAAACAUAAAAAUUGACAAUGCUUGGUUUAUAAGAAAGGAGGUUCCAAUACUGUGAGCUGCUGGGGAGGGGGGGGGGGGGCUCUCUUAUUUAAUUUAAAUGCCUAAAAACAUUAUUUUAAUGACUUCUUCCAUCAGAGACAGUUGUGUAGUGUACCGGCACAUACCGUCACAAAUCAAGCACUGGAGAGUGACAUUCAUAAUAUCCCUUCCAACAGGAAUCUUGUGUAUUGUCCAGUGAAAUGUGCAUGGAGAUAAUUGAUACUUUAGUUGUUUGUGUGUCAAGAAAUACUCUGACACAGAAUUUAACUGUUAAUAAACUGUAUGGUUCCACCAUGAUUUUGUUAUGCAAUUGAUAAUAAAGGUGUACUACUUAAGAUAAUUGUGGCAAAUGCCAGUAAGUUUUACCACUAGAAACCCUCUCUGUGGUUUUCUCCGAUCUCUCUGAAUUUUACUAAAUGCAGCGAUUGAUCCCAUCAUAAAGUUGUCAUUUUGUCACUGCAAAGAUAACAAAUUAAAUUAACAUAUUUAAGUGUUCCCAAAUUACAGUAUUGUAGUAAAACUAUUUUUUUUAAUUAUAAAAAGUUUCUAUUUUGAAAGCACAUGUAUGUAAAUUUAUAGCAAUAAUGCAACACAAUGGAACUGUUACAAUAUAGCAUUACUAUUAAGGUGAAUUGGAAAACUCACGAAAGAGGGAAUGGUAAGACCCACAGAAAAAUUUGAAGUGAAUAUAGUUGUGGACUGUCUUCACAUUUUCAGGGAAAGAUCAAUGUAAAUGGGGGAGAGAUAGAGAGUGACCUGUUUGCUAAAGGAUUCGAGGUGAAACUGGAAUGACAAAUAUGAUGCUGUUUCAUACCAGGAUGGUCACAAUCCGAGUGUAGGCCAUAUAAAAUUGGGACGGAGGAGGGUUGUUAGAACUCAGCAGAUCUUGUAGCUUAUGCCCUAAAUGGUUAAUAUUUUUUCUAUGUGAAAUUGAAUAAAUGCAGUGUUCAUUUUGCCGGAUGAGUUUCACAUUAAUUUAGUGACUCAACUUCAAUGGUAGUAUGUGUUAUGUAGUGUUGUUCUGCAUAUGUCCUUGCUGUUCUGCUAGUAAGCUGUUCUUCAGCUUGUAGCACUAUGAAUGAAUUCUUGUCAGUGCAUCACACACAUUUACACCUUGUUUAGUGAAACAUUGUAUAAGGGAGGCAAGUGGGAUCUGUAGAAAAAAAGAUGAUGAUAGAGAGAGAGAGAGAGAGAGAGAGAGAGAGAGAGAGAGAGAGAGA